AUGUCCUUGCUUGGUCAGAAUCAGAAAGAAGGGGAAACUAUUCUAGAUGUAAUGGUACAUAUAUUGGUCCUCAUCCAAGGUAACAAGCUUGUUCAUGAACAAACAAAUCCCUGGACUGAGUAUAACAAUUUGGAAACGUGGGCUAAAAAUUUCGAUCUUAUCGAUGACCAUGAUCCCGAUGUUCCUGCUUUCGACUCCGAUCAAGUAGUCCGGGAAUUACAAACGUGGAUUGAUGUUCCUGACGACGGAUCCAGUGUCCAAGGCAUCAACUCCAAUGCACCGAAAAUCCUACGAUAUGCACAGAAGCACAAUUUGAAGACAAAUCUCAAGCCUCUCAUAUGGCCCAAUCUUAUUGAUCCGGAGCAUCUCUGCUUGCUGCGACUCAGAAACCCUUUAGCUUUGGUUAUCCUUGCUCACUAUGCUGACAUUCUGGGGCAAUGCAGCUCCACCCGUAGUGUCUAG